AUAAAAAGUAGCAAACCUCUGAGACGCGCACAUAUGGUUGCUGUGUUUUGAAUGGGUUGAGUUGACUCCACAUUUUAAUCAUUUCAGAGGAUGUGGUUCCUUUUGUUGUACAUAAUAUUUUACUUCCAUUCAGAAGCCAAAGUUCUUCCACCGGUGCCGCCCCAUGAGAAAACUGCACUGAUGGCGCGAUACAUAAUGCAUUAUUCUGAAUGGGUUUCAUUAGCAACCACUUCGACUCAGAGUAAAAUAACUGGAUUUCCGUUUGUCACGUUGAAAUCUUUAAGUGAUGGUCCUCUAAACAACGCAACAGGGGUCCCGUAUCUCUACAUGACGGAGAUGGACGUUUCAGGAAAAGAUGUUGAAAAAGACAAUAGAGUCACCAUUAUGGCAAAUUUGGCUGAAUUGGACUACUGUUCGGCAAAGGAUUUAGACCCACAAGAUCCAAGGUGUGCGAAAGUUAUCGUUACGGGAAAGUUGUUGAAGUUAAAGAAGAAUUCACCUGAAUAUGCAUUUGGGCUGGAUGCAUUAUACGCUAGACACCCGUCGAUGAAAAAUUGGCCAACAGAUCACCAGUUUUAUGUGGCUAAGGUGGACAUGGAUCAGAUAUGCGUUUUGGAUUUCUUUGGCGGGUUAAAGUAUGUGACGAAAAAAGAAUAUUUUGACGCUAAUUUAACCAACAUGAUUAAUAUCGAUGCAGACUUCCAACGCAUCUCAGUAAUAACAAUCGAGGGUGAUAAAUAAAUAUGACUAAUCUGCAUACAUAUUAUUUAUUAUGUUACGCAUUUGAGUUUAAUAUAUUAUAAUAUUUUCAAUUAAAUCUUUUGCUUGUUAGAAGAUACAUGUUUAUUCAAUACAAAAAAUGAUGAACAUUUUUGUUUUUGGUAAUAAUUGUCCAAAAACGAAAGAAGCAGAAACAAUAUAAAAAGAAGUGAUUAAGGAGGUAACAUGAAAAAAAUGUGAAUUUGAUUGUAAUUGAUUCUUAUUAUUAUAUGUUCGUUAUUUUAGCACAAAAUUUUUGGUAUUUUGUUUUCCAAAGCAAAAAAAAAAAUAAAUUAAAAAAUUUAAUAAAUUUAUAAUUUCGUGUGGACAAUAUGCAAUAAUUAAUAUCAACAUUUUAAAUAUAAUUUUUAAAAACAUUUAACAUUUAAAACAUUAUUUCGCGUAUUUAAUUCUUGUACUGAUUUUAUAAGUUGGGAACACAAUGUCAAAAAGCGGUAUGCCCUAUUCCCCUCUUAUUUGUUUCGUUGCAAAUAAAGUGAUAUCGUUUUUAAUUUUAUUGAGGAAAUAAUUUUUAUGGAAAUAUUGCAAGACGCCCUCCAGCGACGACACAAUUAUUAUCAAUUAUGAACAUAUUGACAUUUAUUGUCGAAAAUAUUCGAACACCCCCCACUAUUUUCCCUUAAUAUAUAGCAAAAGACACUUAACGAAAAAGAAUCGAAUAACCCGUUUUUACAAUAAUAAAAAAGUGUAGUUUUUAAAAAUAAGACACCCCGUAUACUCAUCGAACCGAAAUUAAAUAUGGCCACAUGUUGAGCACGAAGAACAAAAAAUACCACAACAUCACUAAUUUUAUAGAACAGUUUUUGCUCUACUUUUGAAGGGAAAGUGUUCCAAUAUUUUUGGAAAUAAAUGUCAAAAACUUAACAAUGCCUAAAGGCAUAUUGUUAGAUUUUAAGUCAUUGAAAGGGGCGGUUACUGGGCUAUCAGUGCUGUCCUGAGCGGAUUGAUUUCGAUUGUAUUUUACGCAAAUAAAAUCUGUUUUCUCAAAAAAGUUAAAUGCAACGAUAUCAUUUUUUGUGCGACCUGUAUAAAAUAUAAGUAUAUUGUUGUAAAUACGCAAUUUUCUUUUUAAACACCAGAAAAAGGAACACGGCGGAGCACACCUUCUUGAAGUGCUCGAGGUUAGUUUACUAGAAUACUUGGAAU